UUCGUAGCCCAGACAGAAGCAUUAAUGAAAGGCAAAACAGCAGGAGAAGCUGAAAAGGAAUUGAGAGAUUCAGGAAUGAGUGAUGAAAAAAUACAUGACAUACUACCGCACAAGGUAUUUGAAGGAAACAAGCCCACAAAUUCAAUCAUACUACCUAUAAUAUCUCCAUUUACUCUUGGCACUUUGAUUGCCUUGUAUGAACACAAGAUUUUUGUUCAGGGUAUUAUUUGGAAUAUCAACAGCUACGAUCAGUGGGGAGUUGAACUCGGUAAGCAACUGGCGAAAGUUAUCCAGAAAGAAUUUGAAGUAAAUGCACCGUGCACUUCUCAUGACUGUAGCACAAAUGGCAUUAUUAAUUUUAUUAAGAAGGAGAAGCAAACUAAUAGAUGA